UACUCAUGAAUUAUUGAAUUUUUCAGCUUAUCAGAUUAAAUACUUAUAUAAAGGAUGCGAGAUUAUUAGAAUUAAUACAAUUUAACUGAAUAUGGAUGUUCUUAUCUCGAACUGGAAAAAUGUCGAAUCUGUACCAGAAAGCUUUGUGUUUCCGCCCCAUAGAAGACCUGGGAACAUCGUUGUUCCGAUGAGCAAAGACAUUCCAGUCAUCGACCUUAAAUAUUGUAGAAAUCCCGGAGUUGAAGCCAUUCAGCAGAUUUUAAAAGCUAGCCAGGAAUUCGGAAUAUUUCAGGUGAUCAACCAUGGAGUUUCUGAAAGCCUGAUGAAUGAGGCAAUGGAUGUGUGCAAGGACUUUUUCGAUAUGCCAGGGGAAUACAAGGCGGGGUUCUACUCAAAUGAUCCGAUUAAAAGCUGCAGGCUCUACACGAGUACUUUAAACUAUGACAAAGAAGAGUUUCAUUACUGGAGGGAUAAUCUUACUCACCGCUGUCAUCCUCUACACGAGGAUCACAUCCUGUCUUGGCCUGAUAAGCCUGCCACUUAUCGAGAAACUGUUGGCGCGUAUUCCGUGCAAAUAAGGAAGUUCCUGUUGAAUAUAUUGGACAUUUUAUGCCAAGGCUUGGGACUUGAAGACGGAUAUUUUGAGGGGGAGCUCACUGAAAAUCAGUUGAUGUCAAUUAAUCAUCACAUUCCAUGCCCUGACCCGAGCCUUACGCUAGCUAUGCCAGAACACUGUGACCCUAAUCUCAUAAGCAUGUUGCAGCAAUGCGAUGUUCCUGGCCUAGAAAUCUACAAGGAUGGCCAAUGGACUGGUGUGGAGCCGAUUCCUAAUGCAAUCGUGGUCAUUCCUGGUCUUCAGUUACGGGUGAUCAGCAAUGAGAAGUUCAAAAGUGCAAUUCAUCGCGUUGUGACUAAUUCAAAAGAGUCUCGAACGACCAUUGGGAUGUUUGUCAUUCCCUCGAAUAACAUUGUUAUAGAGCCUGCAAGAGACAUAACAAGAGAUGUGCCUGCGGUUUACACAUCCUAUGUGUAUAAAGAUUUCUUCAGCACUUUUACUGGAAAAGGUUGUGAAGCUGAAACCGUACUAAAGUGUUUUAGACUUGUGGAAUGAUUUAUGCAACAAAGCCGAGGUUUUCACGGAAACAAUAAUUCUAGAAAAAUCUCAAGUCCGAAGACUUUUUUCUGGUGUAACAUACUUUUUGUUUCGUUUAAUUUUUUAUGUACAACAGAAUUUGUUCCAAAAACGUCUUGUAGCAGGUAUCCAAAGGUGUAAGAUGUGUGUAGAUAAAUAAAUUUGGACAUAGGCCCAGCCAUGUUUACUAUUGUAGGUGCUGGAUACCUAGUUUGAUUUUCGUUUUCGAAUUUUUUAUUUAUAUAUUUGGAGCAUACAAUUUUAUUUUA